AUGCCAUCUGACAAACGUGACCGCCCUGUCAGCGACUCGGAAGUCUCCGACUCCGGGUCGCCCUUGGAUAAACAGCUCCGCCUUGAGUCUGAGAGCGAGUGCGAUGAGGUGACUCUUGCCCCGCUUCCCCCCUCGUCUGAUGAUGAGUGGGUGGUGGUGGAGGGGAGACGUCGACGCCGCUCUCGGCUGACUUCCGCUGCCGCCGCUGCUCGACCCUCUGCUUCGUCCACCGCUACCGCUGCUACCAUGACCGCCACCGCUGCUGCCACGCCCGCUUCUUCUGACUCCUCGGCUGCCUCCUUGUUCCACGGUGAGCGCCAGGCGCCCCCACACCGCGCCGCUACCUCUGCUGCCUCUGCCUCGCCCGGCACCGCUUCUAUCUCCAACGCCGCUCCUGCUGCUUCCCUCCCUGCCACGCCCGGCAUUGCUCCUCCAUCACACCCCGAGUCUGCUGCUUCCGGCCCUUCGACCCCCAAAGUCCUGGUUCCUCCGACGGCGGGGUUCGAUACGGCUCUCGACCUUGCCGAGGCCCUACAGGAGGAGCUUGGCACCCGCUUGCAGCUCCGUUUUUAG